AUGGCGAAUCGCACGGACAAGGAGGCGGCCGACAUCAAGGGCACGAAUCCGCAGAACCUCGUGGAGUACAUCGUUCGCCAGAAGGUCUACGACACGCGUUACUGGAAAGAGAACUGCUUCGGCGUCAGCGCGGAGGGCGUGGUGGACCUCGCCGUCGACCUCAGGUGCGUCGGGGGCACGUUCGGCGGCACGCGCAAGCCGACGGAGUUCCUGUGCCUGAUCCUGAAGAUGCUCCAGAUCCAGCCGGACCGCGAAAUCAUCACGGAAUUCAUACGCAACGAGGACCACAAGUACAUCCGUCUGCUCGGCGCGUUCUACCUGCGCCUGGUCGGGCGCGCGAAGGAGAUCUACGAGUACCUGGAGCCCCUGUACAACGACUACAGGAAGGUCCGCUUCCGCGCCCUCGACGGCACGUACCGCCUCGAGCACGUCGACUCGCUAGUCGACAAAAUGCUAUCUGACAACUUCCUCUUCGACAUCGCACUGCCCCGCAUCCCGGCGCGCGACCACCUCGUCGAGCAGGGCGUCCUCGCGCCCCGCGUGAGCGUCCUCCAGGAGGACUUCGACGAGCAGCGCGUCCAGGAGGAGGCGGAGCGCGCCGAGCGCGAGGCGGCCGAGCUGGAGGGGCAGAUGCGCGCGGUGGAGGAGGCGCGCGGCCAGUCGCGGUCGCCGCCGCCGGGGGAGCCCGAGGACGUGCGGCGGCGGUCGCGGACGCGCUCGCGCUCGCGGUCGCCGCGGCGGCGGCGCAGCCGGGAGCGCGGGGGCUCGGGGGAGCGGUGGCGGCGUACGCGGUCGCCGGAGGGGCGCCGGAGGCGCAGCCGGGAGCGCGGGGGGUCGAGGGAGCGGCGGAGCGAGCGCGACGAGGGGCGGCGGCGCGAGCGGGACGGGCGGUACGAUCGGCGGGAGGACGUGCGCGACAGGAGGGGGGGGCGUGUGGACGAUGUGCGGGACCGCGACGGACGACGGUCGGACCGGCGCGGCGAGCGGUACGACCGGUACGAUCGUUACGAGAGGCACGACGAUCGGUACGACGAGAGGCGGCGCCGCGGGGACGAGCGGGAGAGGCACCGCGAGCGGGAGAGGUACAGGGAGGGGGGGAGUGAGCGUGGGGUCAGACGGGGGGUCGAGGAGGUCGAGGAGGGUGAGAUCGGGGGUGGGUCGCCGCGGGGCGCGAGGGGGGAGGCGGAGAGGGGCCGCGGGGAGGAGAGGGAGCGGCGAGAGAAGAAGGAGAAGAAGGAGAAGAAGAAGAAGGAAAAAGCCGACUCAGAAGUUGACGUCGAGAUAGCGGAGGCGAACGCGCUGCGGGCCAAGCUCGGUCUGAAGCCGCUGCGGUGA